AUGUCCGCCGUUCAGCUCAAGUUCUCGCUCCGGACGUCCCCCAAUGUCAAGACGGUCCAUCUGGUGGGCUCGUGGGACAACUACUCGCGCCAGCUGCCCUUGUCUCAAGAUUCCUCCAAAGCCGGUGCAUGGGCGGGCACAUUCCGCUUCCAGACUUCGAUGCUGCGUCUGGGCAGCCGGUACUGGUACUACUACAUCAUGGACGGGUAUCACGUCUCGCACGACCCAGCGGUUGAAUACACGGUCGAGCCGACAACGGGCCGCAAGCUCAACAUUCUCAACGUGCCGAAAGCAUCGCCUAAACAGCCUCCUCCGAUCUCCACCUCGAUGGGGUCAUCUCGUUCUUCCGUCCCCAAGGGCCGGGCUCUGUCGCCUUCAAGAAUCCGACACCCGAGACCCUCCAGGCCUUACGCCUCGCGCAGUCUCCGCGAGGGCAGCUUCUCGUCCUCCAACAUGGACGACCUAACCCGGCAGUUCGACAGUUCACGCCUCUCUGACGAAGACGACAGUUCAAUCACCUCCUCACUGUCUUCACGGUCCUCUCGCGGGUCCUCCUCGCCUUCAUCAGUCUCCUCCAGCAGCGACCCGCCAACGCCCAUUUCGCCCUGUCGCUGCGAACGCUACGGUAUCACGCGCAAGGGCGACCGCGUCAAGCUCGAUUGCGGGGGUGCCCGCUGUGGCUAUGACGACGAGUCCGACAUCUGUUCGGAGAGCGAUGACGAUAUCGAUCGAUCUCGGAGAUCCCAUCGUCCAGUUAUUCGUGUUCGUCGAUGA